GGAACAAUGGCUGCCACCGGUGACAGUACUUGCUACGACCGAAAAGCCGAGCUCAAAGCUUUUGACGAAACAAAAGGUGGCGUUAAAGCCCUAGUCGAUGCCGGAAUCCAAGAAAUCCCUCGCAUAUUCAUCCAUCAACCGGAGCCCUUGCCCAAAUCCUCCACGCCUUUCGAGAUUCCAAUCUUGGACCUUGGGUCCACCGAUAGAGCAUCGACGGUGGAGAAGAUCCGAGAGGCAUCGGAGACUCUAGGAUUCUUUCAAGUGGUGAAUCACGGGAUACCUGUGACUGUGAUGAACGAGGUGAUUCAAGGAGUCCGUAGAUUUCACGAACAAGAUGUCGAGGUGAAGAAACGUUUUUACACAAGAGAUCCUUCAAACGCAGUGGUGUAUCAUAGCAAUUUCGAUCUGUAUACUUCCCCUGCCGCUGCUUGGAGGGACACCUUUUAUACAUUUAUGGCUCCGUCACCUCCGUCACCGGAAGAAUUGCCUGAGGUUUGCAGAGACAUACAAAUCGAGUACUCAAAUCAUGUGAUGAAACUAGGGGGCGUCUUGUUUGGAUUGAUCUCGGAGGCGUUGAACCUAAACCCUAGUCAUCUGUCAGAUCUGGAUUGUGACAAGGGGCUUGCAUUCUUCGGCCAUUAUUACCCUGCUUGUCCACAACCAGAUCUAACCAUGGGUGCAACCAAACACUCAGAUUAUGGAUUCCUUACCGUGCUUCUACAAGAUGAAGUCGGUGGCCUACAAAUACUUAAUAAUAAUCAAUGGAUUGAUGUCCCUCCAACACCUGGUGCCCUUGUGAUCAACAUCGGAGAUAUAUUACAGAUGAUGUCUAAUGACAAAUUGAAGAGCGUGGAGCACAGAGUGGUGGCAAAAGAGGAAGGGCCGAGGGUCUCGGUGGCCUGCUUCUUCAGUACCUCUCUAGCGCCGUUGACGGCAUUGUACGGUCCCAUCAAAGAGCUGGUUUCCGAUGAGAACCCACCGAGGUACAGAGAAACCACGGUUCAUGACUACAUUCAGUAUUCAUUCUAUAGAGAAGUUGAUGGCGUUUCUGGUUUACUUCAUUUCAAGCUGUGAAACUUGAAUAACUACAAACAAACACACACACACACACACACAUAUAUAUAUAUAUAUGCAUAUACUUUGUGCAUGAUUCUUAAAUUACUAGAAAUAUAUACCUUGUAAUGCAUUUCUAUUUUGGUUGUUUCUAUUUUAAUUUUGUACUUUGUGUGGUUUUAGUUCUAAAUGUUGGUGAAAGUUUCCUAUUAAUUAUCAGUUUUAUGA